AUGGGUGGCGGCGCUUGUGAAGCCAAACGUCAAGUCUGGGAUAGGCACCAGAGGGGCCACCGCGUGUAUCCCCCAGCGUGGAAAGGAGGCUGCCAAGCCGCCGGAGCCGGUAGCAGCCUCUGCUCCGAAGCCAUCAGAACCAGCAGAUGGCCCCUUGGUGGAUUUGGGAGGAACGGAACCCCAAGAAAAGGCUCCGAGGAGCAGAAGCAAUGGAAAAAUAAAUAUGCAGUAGCUGAAAGUCAGAGGCUACCAGAUCGUUCAAAAAUGACUAUGAGAGACUUCAUAUAUUACCUACCAAAUAACAAUCCAAUGACUUCUUCACUUGAGCAAGAAAAGAAAACUGAAAAAGCAUCAACACCUGUUCAGACAAAAGAUCAAGAAAGUAAGAGUACUCCUGAUGCUGAAGAAAGUGACGACUUGGAAGAAGAGACUGAUGAUGGACCGUUGCUGGUUCCUCGAGUGAAAGUGGCAGAAGAUGGUUCCAUUAUUUUGGAUGAAGAAAGUUUGACUGUAGAAGUUUUAAGGACGAAAGGUCCCUGUGUUGUUGAGGAAAAUGACCCCAUAUUUGAACGUGGUUCUACAACUACGUAUUCCAGCUUUAGGAAAAACUAUUACUCUAAACCAUGGUCAAAUAAAGAAACAGAUAUGUUCUUUUUAGCUAUCAGCAUGGUGGGAACUGACUUUUCUAUGAUUGGACAGCUUUUUCCUCACAGAGCAAGGAUAGAAAUUAAGAAUAAAUUUAAACGUGAAGAAAAAACAAAUGGAUGGAGAAUAGACAAAGCAUUUCAGGAAAAGCGUCCUUUUGACUUCGAAUUUUUUGCUCAUUUGCUUCAGAAAGUUCUUGCUGAAGAAGAGAAAAGAAAACAAAAAUCAGUUAAAAAUCAGAAUUCAAAAGAUAAGAAAUCGUCCAAAUCACAGAAAAAAGUAAAAGUGAAAAGGGCUGUCAGUGAAGGAAUGAAUGAGAGUUCAGAUGAGUCUCUGAGUAGUAAGAUUGCAGACACAGAAAGACAUGAAGAAGAUGUUCAGACAAUUGAAGAACAAGAACCAACGCUGACUUCAUCAGAACAGGAUCCAGGACAGGCUGUGUUAGAAUCAGACCUACAUCAAAAGCAAAAGAGGAGGAGGAAUCGAGAUCAAGCUGAUGAACAAGAAGUAAAAAGUCUUCUGGGAAAUGGUACUGUCGGGUCAGACCCUUCUACGGGAGAAAAGCACAAAAAUGAAUGUGAAUCUUUAAUGCCAGAGGUAAACGAAGGUGAAUGCAGUAGGGACCAGACACUGUCCUGCUUACAGAACGCAGAUGAUAUCGUGGGUUUACCUUCCAGUGAAAAAGAUGAGGAAAGAACUGACCCCAUCCGUUCAUCAAGUACUCAGCAAGAUGACAUUUCAGAACCAAGCCCUUCAGAUUUACCUCCUGCAGAAGUUACAGCUACAGCAUUGUCUGAGGUGAACAGCGCUGAGAGUAGCAGCACAGGAGAAAGAAAUGUUGAUGGAAAAGAUAAGUCACUAGAAACAAACCGAACUGAAAAUGCUAAACCGAGGGGGCGAGGACGGUUCCAGAAACCUAAACCCAGUUUAUCAAGAGCUGUUGUGAAGACACCAGCCAGUUCACACAGUAAAGCAGCCUCAGAGAGCAAGCGUCCACAUGCAGAAACUUCUGUUGAGAAGAUUCACAUGGAAAAGGAUAAAACGAGUACAGAUGAGAAUUUGGGAACAGAGAACUCAGAGAAAGAGAACUCAGAAGCUGAAACGAUAUCUAAUUCAAGUGAAAACAUUUGUGUGCAGGAAGAUAAUCAACCAAAGACAUCCAGAGCUGCACGACUAACAAGGGGCCGAUUGCAAAAGCCAAAGCCAAAUGUAGGUAAAAUUGCUGGAAAGAAAGAAAUUCUCAUAUCCCAGGAAAAAGUUGGAUCUGACGUAGAAAAGAAGGAAAAGGAAUCCUGUAUCACUAAAGGUACUCCUGAACAAGUAGAAGAUCAGUCAUGUAAAAUUUUUGAUGGUGGAGAUGUUCCAUCACAGUCUGAGAAAAAAGAUACUUCUUACCAAGAUGUGCAACCAGAUGAAUCCAAGACUGGUAAUGAUAAUGAACGUCUAAGCCUUCAAGAAGCAAAUGAAGUAAAGAUACUCAAACAGACCCCAGUUGUAAGAACUCGAUUUAAAAAACCAAAACCAAAUAUCGGAAGAGGAAUUGGAAAGAGAGAAAUUUUCUCAAAGGAAGAGGGAUCAGAGAAGAUUCAGGCCUCUGGGGAAAUGGAAUCAGUUCUGAGAGAAAUUCCAAGGCUAGAAAGCUCACCAGCGGAGAGUGUACCUGCAGAGGCUGGUGACUCUAAGGAAAUAGAGACAGAUGUAAAAGACGCUGGAAGAAGAGAUGGCUUUCUUAGUGAGAAGAUACCAGAAACGAUUGGCCACUCUCUGGAAGUGGAGACAAGGUUGAGAGAGUCUGGACGAGAGAUUUCCCCGAGAGAGAACCUACUCGGAGUGAUUGAUAUCCCGGAGGAAACAGAGACAGAUUUGGAAGACACUAAUCGAGAAAUAUCCCCGCAGGAAAAAGUCCCAGAGGUGCUCCAGGCUGUAGGUGAAGGAGGGAAAGCCUUGCAAAACGCAGAAAGAGGGAUUUCCCCAACCGAGCAGGUGCCAGAAACCAUUUCUGCGUCCGAGGAGAGAGAGCGAGCUUGGGAAGACCUUGGAAAAAGAGAACUAUCCCCACAGCAAAAGAGCUCCGAGGAGGUCAAGACCAUGGGGGAAGUAGAGGAAGCUUUGAAAGAAACAGAGGGAGACAUUUCCCCAACAAAAAUGCCAGAACUUGGCGCUGCCUCCGAGUACAGAGAGGCAGGUUUGGAAGAAAUCCGAAAGAGAGACGCUUCCUCACCGAAAGAGAUUGGAGAGGAAGCGACGACUGUAUGUGAAAUCGAGGGAGGCUUCCAGAAAACGGAAGGAGACGUUCCUUCAAGGAAACAGAUACCAGCGAUGACUGUUGCUUCGGAGGAAAGCGAGCCAGACUGGGAGGAAACUGGAAGAAGGGACAUUGGAGAAAAAGAAGCUUCCUCACAGGAGGAGCUCGUGGAGGAGCUUGAGGCAAGAGGUGAAACGGAGAAACGUUUCCCCCAUCCUUCCCCUAGGAGGAAGAAGAUGCCAGAAACGAUUGCUGCUUCGGAGGAAAGCCAGCCAGACUGGGAGGAAGCUGGAAGAAGGGAAAUGAGAGCAAGAGAAGCUUCCUCAGCGGAAGGGAACCGAGGGGAGGGCGAGGCGGCGGGCGAAGCACCGACCAGGGUCCUCGGCGGCAGCGGCGGGGCGCAGAGAGAAGCUUCUCCCCGGAGGAGGAGGAGACCAGCAGCCGGGGACGGAGACGCAGGCGCAGAAGCAGGUGGAAGGAGGGCGCUCCCCGCACCGGAACGGGCCCCCAGGGGCCCCGAGACGGCCUCGGGAGGGACCACAGGACCGCUGUCCCCGACGGAGAAGCCGCCCGACGCCACCGCCGGCCUCGAGGACCGGGAGGCAGGCGCCGACGAACCUGCCGGGAGCCCCGGGGAGCACCCCGGACCCCAGGAGGAGGCUGCUGGCUUCCCAGGGAGCCCCGGGGAGCACCCCGGACCCCAGGAGGAGGCUGCUGGCUUCCCAGGGAGCCUCGGGGAGCACCCCGAACCCCAGGAGGAGGCUGCUGGCUUCCCAGGGAGCCCCGGGGAGCCCCGCGUACCCCAGGAGGAAGCUGCUGGCCUUGGACGAAGCCCUGGGGAGCAUCGCAGACCCCAGGAGGAGGCUGUCUGCCUCGGAUGGAGCCCCGGGGAGCACCGUGGACCCCAGGAGGAGGCUGCUGGCUUCCCAGGGAGCCCCGGGAAGCAACUUGGACCCCAGGAGGAGGCUGCUGGCCUUGGACGGAGCCCCGGGGAGCACCGUGUACCCCAGGAGGAGGCUGCCAGCCUUGGACAGAGUCAUGGGGAGCACCACGGAAGCCAGGAGGAGGUUUCUGGGCUUGGACAAAGCCCCAGGGAGCAUCGCGGACCUCCGCCCUCGCCAGACGCACAGAACACGAGCAGCAACUUACUCCCGGUGGUUGAAGAAGAGAGACAUUCUGGAAAGGAAGUAUCCAGUCACCCGAGGAACUCACAGACUUCUUUGCAAACACCUGAACUUAGUGAGACAGAAGAACAACCGAUACAGUCGCCAAACUUUCCAGAACAGUUUCCUGACACUUAUUUAAGCAAAUCUCUUCCUCAAGAGCAGAAGCCAUUUGAAGUAAAAACAGCACCUUUUGUCAGAAGUCGAUUCAGAAGACCAAAACCAAACCUAGCAAGAGCAGCUGUAAAGAGAGAGACGACAGAAGCAGAAAAACACAUGCUUGGGAAGAAAUUGGAAACGGAUAAAAUGGAAAAUGUUGUGAUACAACAGAAGAGUGAACAAGCGAGCAACUACACAUCUUCUCAAGAUAAUGUGGCUUCCCUAAUGAUAUCAAGAGAAAAAGGUGAAUCAGAUCACAAGGAGAAAAAUGAUGUGCUAUUACCAUGUGUACUGACUGAAAAGAAGGUUUCACAUUCACUUUCUUCUGAACCAAAGGAGGAGACUCGCUCUAUACAAGCCCAGGAAAAUGACUUGGUUUCUUCUACAGGGCCCUAUAAUGUAAACACUUGCGGAAAAGAAAUGAAAGAAAGUGGUAUCCAAACUACUCAACCAUUACGGCGCAGAUUUCAUCGACCCGUACCAAACAUAAGAAAGAUUGAACAGAGACAACGAGGAGAAAAGGGUGAAGCUAAAGACAUAGUUAUGGAAGAAAGAACAAUGUUGCAAAAAGAGGAAACUAAAAAAUGCCCUGAUGUGGCAGAUUCUCAGAUUGGAACUGAUGCUGAAGUCGUACCCUCCAAAGUUCCUGAGUACAGAAGCCACGGAGAUCAGAGCCGCGUGGUUCUUGCAGAAAACCUUCAUGUUAACAAAACUAGUGAUUUAGAUGACAAGACAAGAGAACAGCAUAAAGCUUAUCCUCCUAGCCCAGCCCCAUUGGUAAGAAGGUGUUUCCAAAGGCCUAAGCCAAAUUUGAGAAGUGCACACUGUAAGAGAAAGGAACCAGAAACAGAAAAAGACACAGCCAAUCACAAAGAGGCAAGAAAGGCAGAAGAUAAUGUGCUGCAGCAAGGAGAUUCUGAUAUCCAGCACCUUCCAAAAAAAAUGGCUGAGCCUCUGACAUCUCUGGCGAGUUCAGCAGGGAAAGAUUGCGCAGGACCCAAAGAGGCAGUUUCAGCCAAAAAGGAUGCUCAAUUUGAAGAAUUUGGACUGUCAGGAAGUGUUGGAAAGCGAACUCUAGGGGGUAAUUCUCCAUCGUUAGUAAUUGAAGAGCAGCAUCUCAGUAAACUGACAAGCUGUCCACAGCUGUUAAAAGAAUCGCAUUACUCCAGAACUGCACUGGAUAGAAGAUCGGCUGUCCCUUCUGCCUCUGAAUGUGAUCUAGAUCAUGGUGAAAAGAGAAUACAGCGAAAGAGCAAACCAAAUGUCACCAAAGGGCGUGGGUCAAAGCGAAAUCGGGGCAAGAGCUCUAAGAAGGAACCUCGACCUUCCAAGGCUGUGCUGGUAACUCUUCGGGCUUCCCAGGAAGAAGAGGAAGAUGAUGCUGAAGAUUAUGCAUCUGACUAUGAAGAAGAAAGUUAUCAUCUUGCUCCAGAAGAACUAAACAAGGCUCCGGUCUUUGUACCCCUGGGUCUCAGGUCUCCUGAACCUGUUGCUACUCAGAUUGAGGAAACAAUGGAAGAGCUUGAAAUCAUGGUGGAUGUCCCAGAUACCACAUACACCGCUGCUGUUGAACCUCCGCUCUUCACGACAGAUGGUUCUAUUCAGGAGAUGAAGCCAGAAGAAAAUGUGAAUGUGUUACCAUUAGAAAUGACCAUGGGGGAGCAGGCUCAAGAUGAAGCAGGUUCCACUGAUGGAAGCACUGAAGCUGCUAUAACCUUACUUACAAUGGGAGAUCUUGUGUUGCAGUCAGAGAUCAGUACUGAGCAGGAUGAUGGACUAGUACCUGAUAUUCCUGAUGUUCAUUCAAAAGACAACAGCUAUAUUCAUUCCAGUCCAGAUCAUGUAAAGCACAAUAUCAUUCAUGACUGUCCGGAGCUUUCUUCGCCUGUCAUUAGUCUAUCUCCUGCACCAUAUGAAGAAAAGACAAUUAUAGUGGAGGAACAAAAUACUAGUGAAGAAGUUGGUUUACUUGAGAAAAUAAAGGAAAAUGCUACACCAACCAGGAAUACAAUUUCUAAAGUGACCAAUAAUUUGAGAAUAAGAAACAGAUUUCCGAAGCCUAAACCAAAUCUUAACCGGAUUUUACGGACCAAAAGGCCUAGUGCUCAUCAGGAGUUUCCCAGUGUAACCAAAGGGGAAGAAGUACAAAUUCAAAAGGAAACUGAGGAAAAUGGUGUUAAAGGAACAGACUUGGAAGAUAAGAACCUUGGAUCAAUUAUAACAGCAGAUAAUAAGGAGCAGAACACUUUGGCGUGUGCACAUGUUGUUGAAGGAACUAGUAUUUCACAAGAAGCCAAUCUGACUGAAAAAAAUGAUGGUCAAGAAGAAGAGCCUCAAGAGGUUCAGAGAUUGUCGGUUGCUCCAAUAGUUUCUUCAGAGACAAGAACCCACAUGAUUGUUCUGGGUAGGGGUCUUGGUGAGAGUCCUGUUAAAGAGCCCCUGACAAAGCUUUCCAGUGGAGACAGUGUGCCUACGCUCCGUGAACCAGAGUAUACAAGUAUUCCAGAAGUCCAACAAGAGAAUGUACUCAAUGCGCAAGACCUAACAGUGAAUCUGGAUGCUAAUGUACAUCAAGAUGCAGAAGAUGAGCAAACAUUCAUUUUAACUCUGGUGGAAAUUCCAACUGAUGCAGUAGAAAUGCUUACUAAUACCGAAGCACAAUUAAUGCCAAACCCUUUACUGCCAGCACCCAUCUGGGUUAAAUCAGUGAAUACGGGAAAAAGGAGUGACUUGAGUAUGAGCUUACCAGUAACUUCAGUUGCCCAAGAUGCCAUGUGUAUAUCUAAUUCUGGAAGAGAUGAUUCUGAAGCGCCUCCUGCUAAUUUGAAUCUUAUAUCUAGGAAGAGAGCUCAUUUUGGACUUGAAGAAAAUGACUAUAUUCCUCCUACUAAAAAAAGUUCAUUCACUUCAAUAGAUGGUUGUCAAGAAUACACCUUGGAGGUGUGUUCAAAGGAAUUAAUAAAUGUCUUUGAGGAAACAGGGGAGUCUUCUAAGGGACAGAAUGUUUUCCCUACCUCAGGAAGCACGUAUGCAACUCCAGAACCUCAGAAAGAGCAAUUCAAAUCCACUUUGCAGAGUGUGGAAACUGGGUCUCCUGAUGAAAUAGUCGAUCCACAUAGAGAAAGGACUACACCUCAGUUGCCUCCGGAUGGGAUGGUUGUGUCUGAUAAGGAACAAAGAACUGCUACUGCUUGUAAAUCUGAACCAGUGGAUAGCAGAACACCAUCUUCUAAAACCCCACUAACCAGACCUGGACGAAGACCCAUGGGAUUUUUGUCUUUAAUUUGUUCCAAGAAUAAUUUGGAGUCUGAACCUACUCAAGUUCACACUAAGAAGCGUCUGAAACCUCUGAUACCUGUGUCAAGGAAAAGUUUGAAAAGAUCUAAUCCACCCAAUAAAAGUCGGCAAAAACCCCAAGGGUCCUCCGAUGUAGCUCCAUCUUCAGAUGCUGUUCAUAAUCAGUCUGAGAACAUCGACACUUCAGCAGCUCAGUGUCUGCUAGAGAGGAGCCACAUGGACAGGGAGCAACCAGAUGAGGAAGCUGGAAAGACACCCUCAGACGGCCACAAGAAGGACUGCUCCAUCGCAGCUACCGGCAAACAGCCAUCUACCCUCUUUCCGCACUAGAGGAGAGAUGGAUGAUGGGCUGGCCAAGGGAGGGCCUCAGCGAUCCAUCAUGUAGGUGAUCAAGCUGUUUGACUGGAGUGUGGACUUGGCCCAGUACAGUGAGAACACCCCGCUGUAUUCCAUCUGUGUGCCUGGAUGCGCAGCAGUCCCACCGCACAAGAGCGAGAGCGUUCACCCACCUCACCACUGCCUGAGGAUGAGGAGGGGUCAGAGGUUACCAACAGCAAGAGUUGUGAUGUGUACAAGCUACCUCCACCCACGGCCCCUAGAGAUUCCUGCAGAACUCGGAUUCCCUCCCCAUUGUAGCCUGAGACCCAGGGUACCCCAGAUGAUGAACCUGCUGAGCCGGAGCCGGCACCCUCAUCCACCGCGACAUGUGGUGCUGGAAAUGCAUUUGCCAGCGGUGAAAGGAGGCAUCCCAUUGAACCAGGUCUGUUAUGCAUGAAGAUCCUAUGGGAGAUUAUGACCGACCGUGACAUUUUCUCAGCUCCCCACCACAAUAAAAAUCCUCCGCCUCUUAAAAAAGAAAAGUUGUGUAAAUAGAAUCAUAUGGUAAAUCCCCUUUUGGGAUUGGCUUUUUCCCUCAGCACAAAUCCUUGGAGAAUCCCCCAGAUAGCUGUGUGUCAGUAGUUCCUGUUUAGUGCUGAGUGGUAUCCCGCAGUGUAGAUGUCUCACAGUUUCAUUUAAUCUUCCUCCCAGGGAAACAUCUGCGUUGUUUUCAGGUUUUGGCUAUUACAUCCAUGUACAUGUUUUUGUGUGAACAGGCUUCUAUUUUUCAGGGCUAAGUAUCCUCAUUUUUAAUGACUGCUCUUCCCUUGUUUGGAGUGACAGUAGGCCCAUAUUGGUAGUCAUUUAAAUUGCAUUUGAAAUCUAUUUCAAACAAUGUAAUAAUAGGAAACUUAUAAAUAGGCCUUUUGCACACUUAUAUACAUAGGUUAAAUUUUUAGGAAUAAAAUUGCUGCUUAA